GACCAGACAAGCUAGAAUUAAGAAUUCUCACUUUGGAGAUUGAAAAUGAUAAACUGAUAAAAAAGAGAAGAGAAUCAUCUGCUAAAAAAACAAAAACAAUGCGACAUAAUGCAGUGUGACGUCAACUCGUCUGUCUUUUCAAGCGCUGUAGCUCAACAAAAACUGAACGACCUAGAGCAAUAUACUAGGAAAAACAGCGUUCGUAUUUUUGAGGUAAAUGAUAAAAACAGAGAUGAAACGACAGAGCAGACAAUGGAAGCGGCAGUUGGAGUCUUGAAGAAAAUAGGAGUGGAUAUUAAAGUAGGUGACAUUAACAUUGCACACCGACUUGGGAAAUUCAAAGAAGGAAGUUCGCGCCCGAUGACUGUUAAAUUCGUCUCCAGAAUACACAAACAAAAAGUACUCUACAACAGACGGAAAUUAGAGGGAUCCGGAAUAGGGAUUGCUGAGGAUUUAACAGCCAAAGACCUCGCGUACCUACAACAGUUGAAAGAAGAGAAAACAGUGGAGGCAGCUUGGACACGUGACACAAAGUUUUUUGUAAAACUGAAAAGUGACGGGAAAAUAAUUAAAGUCUAUCCCACUAAAUAUCUCCAUAAAUACGCAUAUGAUUCGGACAUUAUUUACCCAUAGAAACAGGACGCUGGAAUAGCAUCCCAGUCGAAAAUAGAUUAUGUACAUUGUGCGAAGAAAAUGAUAUUGGAGAUGAAUAUCACUACUUAUUUAAAUGCAAUUAUUUUAUGAAUACACGCAAACGGUUUAUAAAGCCAUAUUAUUAUUAAAAACCUAGCACUCUUAAAUUCAAAGAACUGUUUAACUGUAAUAGAAUAAGCACUUUCCGUAAAUUGUCAAACUUAAUCUCUAAAAUUACAAGUAAAUUUAGUAAACCACAGAUACACAUCUUCAAUAUCAUUUUAUACUUUUAAAAGUACUGACUUAUAAACAUUUAUCUGCUUUAUUUAAAUGUUC